GGUACAACCACCGUUCGCAUGUGCUUGUCCCUGGCGCGGGGACCGACCCGCGCUGCAGGGCCGCCGCUUGGAGCAUGAUGCCCAGCCCCGUGCCCGGGGAUGCCCGAGAUCCCCCGGCACAGGCUGCAGGGAGGGGCUGGCAGCCGCUCCCUCCCCACUGCACACCUGGGGCAGGCUCCAGCCCCCUGCAUCAGCCUCACGCACCCGCCGCACUCCUCCUGCUCCCGUGGGUCAUCCUGGCGUCAGCCCGGGACCGCGGGCUGGCUGUGCAGCGCUUGCUGCUGGGGCGCUCCCGUGGGACGCGUUUUAGAGGGCAAAGUUCUUAAGUUAAAGGAUGCUGGAGACUCAAAAAAAGCAUGUUUGCACAUCUUUGCCAUUGCCUUCGCCUUGGAGGUGUCGGUGGGGAAGACCAGCACGGUGAUGGCUCUGAAUAACUCCAAUAUCCUGCUGCCCUGUACCUUCACCACCUGCAUAGGCUUCCAGGACCUGGUCUUCACAUGGUAUUUCAACUCGACAGAGCUGAUUUACCACGGCAAGAUAAAGAACAAAGCCACGGAGCCCACCCUCAUCUGGCACAACCCACGGGUGGAGUUUGUCGGCUCCACCACCAAGAAGGACAACAACAUCUCCAUCGUGCUGAACAACGUGGAGUUCAGCGAUGCUGGCAAGUACACCUGCCACGUCAAGAACCCCAGGGAGAGGAACGCCCAGCACAACGCCACCAUCAUCCUCACCGUGGUCCAUAAGAUGGUGGAGACAGACAACACUGUGACACUCAUCAUCGUGGGCGUGGUGGGGGGGCUCAUCGGCCUCCUCAUCCUCUUCAUGCUCAUCAAGAGGGUGGUCCUGUUCAUCAUCAAGAAGACGCAGGACGGGAAGUGA